CGCAGCUAACCAAGAUGGCAGCAGUAAUUGCUGGGGAGGGUGGUGGAGAAGGAGAAAUUACACCCGUUUCUGCAGAUAUCAGUGGGACAGAAACGGAAAACGGUGGUGCUGCCCUGAUUGACGCUGUUGCUGCUAGCUUGGAAAGUGAAGCACCUAAUGAAAAAGAAGUCCUGGAAGCUGCUGGAGAUGGUACAGAAGUGAUGGAGAAUCGGACAACAGUGGAUGAGGAGAAUGUCCGACAACUGGGAGACAUAGAAUUACAAUGUGGGAUCUGCACCAAAUGGUUCACUGCAGACACCUUUGGCCUUGAUACAUCAGUUGAUGUGUUCCCAAAAAAAUGCAGAGAUGCCACCACAGUUGCCAUCAGACUUGAGGAUGUGGACAUAAUACCUUUUAUUGAUAAAUACUGGGAGUGUCUGACUACUCGACAGCGACCUGGCAAAAUCACUUGGCCAAACAACAUUGUAAAGACAAUGUGUAAAGAACGUGAUGUUUUCCUUGUGAAAGAGCACCCUGACCCAGGAAGCAAAGAUGCAGAAGAGGAAUACCCAAAGUUUGGCUUACUUGACCAGGACCUUUCCAAUAUUGGCCCAGCUUAUGACAAUCUGAAACAGGCUGGAACCAUUUCAUCUGGUGGAGGUGUAAAUGGUGCUGUUGUGACUGGUGGCCCUGGUAAAGGCAGAGGGGCAAAGCGGAAACAGCAAGAGGGAGGCAGUGCUGGCACGACCAAGAGGACCAGGAGUGAUCCAUUAUUUGCUGCUCAACGUCUUCCACCUCAUGGAUACCCCUUAGAGCACCCUUUCAAUAAAGAUGGUUAUCGUUAUGUGCUUGCUGAACCAGAUCCCCAUGCACCGGACCCAGAGAAACUGGAGCUUGACUGCUGGGCUGGCAAGCCUAUUCCAGGAGAUCUGUACAGAGCUUGCUUGUAUGAAAGAGUUCUUCUAGCUUUGCAUGAUCGAGCUCCUCAGUUGAAGAUUUCUGAUGACAGACUAACAGUAACAGGCGAGAAAGGUUACUCGAUGGUGCGAGCUUCUCAUGGUGUACGUAAAGGAUCUUGGUACUUUGAGAUAACGAUUGAUGAUAUGCCUCCUGACACUGCAGCUCGACUUGGCUGGUCUCAACCUUUAGGUAAUUUGCAAGCUCCUCUUGGCUAUGAUAAGUUCAGUUAUUCUUGGCGCAGUAAAAAAGGAACUAAAUUCCAUCAGUCCCUUGGUAAACACUACUCGGAGGGCUACGGACAGGGAGAUGUGCUUGGAUUUUUUCUGCAUCUCCCUGAUGAGACUGAGACAGCGAAAACAUUGCCAGAUACUUAUAAAGAUAAGGCUUUGAUAAAAUUCAAAAGCUAUUUGUACUUUGAAGAGAAAGACUUUGUGGAUAAGGCUGAGAAAAACCUCAAACCAGCACCAGGAAGCCAGAUGAUGUUUUACAAGAAUGGUGCCAACCAAGGCUUAGCUUUUCAUGAUAUAUUUGAAGGUGUUUAUUUCCCUGCCAUUUCACUCUACAAAAGCUGUACUGUAUCCAUCAAUUUUGGACCAUAUUUCAAAUACCCACCAAAAGAUAUCAACUAUAACCCAGUAAGUAAUUGUUAUAGUAAUGUUGUUCAUCUAAAUUAG